CGUGUCGCUGUCUCUGCGGUUUUCCUCGUCGACACAACUACACCACAUCUCCACACUUCGUAUUUACCGAUACAUUUUUUCGACCAUUUGCCCUCAAUAAUAAUUGAUAUUUUUUUUAUCGUUUCGUUUCGGCUGCUGUCGUCCUUCGUCUGUAUUCCGUUUGACCACGCCACCGGAAGCGAUAACCUACGGACCACCGCGAAACGUGGCCGGAUCGAAGCGCGCGCGAUUAACGAAAGCGCGGCCGGAGACGUAGCCGGCCGCCACCGCCGCCGCCGCCACCGCACAGACUACGCUCUCGUCCGACGUCGACGACGACGACGCGGCCGCCGUUCUAUUUUUUUUCAUUUUCGCGCGCGCGAGCUUUACAGCCACCACCGCGACGGUAGUCGUUCCCCGCGCUGGGCGCACCGCGUUCGGCGUUUUCAAAACACCGUUAGGGUUCCCGCGCUAUUUUCUGUCACGAAAACAAUUUCGUCCGACCCGAUCUACCAAUCACCGAAAUUUGUCACCGUCUACUCCGCGAUCCAUCACGAAAACUUGAAAGUAAAAUCAUUUUUUUCUUGACAAUUCUCUCGGUCCGUUCGGCCCCUCCUGCCGCACCUCACUUCCAAAAAAAAAAAAAAACCACUGCCUAGAAAGCCAUACAAAAGUUUUUCCGCGGCAUGAGACGGCACACGCGGCCCAAUCUUCGUGCACUGACAGGAGGUAGUAGUGACAAGUAAAAUAAUAAAAACAAAUAGAUAGGACUGUGUAGCGAACUGCAGAGAUUCGAAGACACACGCGAGCGGUGGCACGUUGACUGGUUGAAGAAGAUUCGCAAACGGCGCCAAAACGGAGCACAUACGAAAUAUCAUGGGAUGCGUUCAGUCGCUUUUCAAUGCAUCAAAAUCCAGGAGCCCAUCCCCAGAUAGGGAUUUCGAACCUCCGAAUUUCGAGACGGUACCGGUCACACGGCAACCGAAAAAAUCAUACAACACGUCCGCCACUGGUAUAUCAGUGGCAGAUGACCGUGUGUAUAGUGACGUGGAAUAUGACGAAGACAGCGAUGAGGAUAUGGCCAUAAAGUGCGAUGAUUUUGAGAAAUAUGCACAAGAUAUGGAAGACGAUCUCCGUUCUGUGCACUAUGUGGAGGCUACCGCCUUGACCACUUUAGCUGCAACUUCAAGUUCAGUGGCCAUAAUUGGAACGACGGCCAAAUGCAAGUCAGCGGGUGCGUCGCCAGCCACGGCCAAAAGCAAUCCAGCGGCCACGUCGCCGCCCAUCCGACGGCAACGGUCGUCAUCUCCAUCGCCGUUGGCGUCGUCUUUGCCACCGGGGCCGCGGCCGCCACUUAUCGGGUCGGUAUCGCAGUCUAUGCUUGAUGACGUGAAGCCGGUGCCGGUUAGGGAACCGGUUUCCGGAACAGGCACUAUAGCCGUAGCGAGCUCAAUUCCUGUAAAGGAAACCGAAGAACUGUGGUUGUCCGAAGAACAAUGGGCUGAGCAUCUAGCAACGAAGUCCGGUCACAGGGUUAUACGGUCAUUGGCCGAGGACGCCGGACCACCGCCACCGUCUCCGUCGCCGUUUUCUACAUCGGCACAUCAGUGGCCGCUUCAGUGGCCGGUGGCCGGUUGCUCAAAACAAACCAAUCUUGAUCGCAUACCUGUAGGUGUGAUUGAGGUUCUGGACUGCGAACCGGCGGACCAGCGGCGGCCACCGCCGACGAAAGCGCAACGGUUACCGAAGGCGCAGAGGGCCAGUCGCGGUGAUCAGAACAUCCCAUUGCCAGUCAUACGUGCGAUGGGAUUGAAGAGCGAUUCUUUGAACCACGAAGAUAUGUUUAAGACCAUGAGGGUGCAACCCCCCUCGUCAGAUAAACACGGUUUUCGUUCAAGGACGGGCACCGGGAGUUCGACGUUCGACUCGUCCUCCCGGAAGCCAUUCCUCCGACAGUCGAACGAAACAAAAUCCCGAUAUACCGAGGAUGAAUUUUCCGCCGCCACUGGAUGGAUGGUGAACAUGCCAGUGUUCGCCAAAUGUCCACCGGCUAAGUCCAAAAGCCUCCCAUCUAGGGAGGUACCAUCCACUACAACAGAAGUUGAAAUAGAAAUGACGGAGAGACAACAUGGUGUUCAUAGAGGGUCUUCGUUGCCGUACGAUAACAACAGUGCAGAAACAUCAACAAAAAUAACCAAACGUAAGGCUGAUGACAAAGUAAAAAAUAUGAUACCAAUUGCAAUUGAAUGUGACCCAAUCAUACCACGUGCUAUUGACAAACCGGAUUCGCUAAAAAAUUCAAACGACCAAGCAGAAAACCAUAAGCUGGACGUAUCAGUUGAAACAGAGACAAUAGAUACGAUCAAUAAACCCAAUGAGGUUCAACCAGUCCCCAAAGCUGAAAAAGAGCCUGUAAACAUGGAAGCAGUCGAUAAAAAUAAUCAAAAUGACGUCGAAGAGGCUCCUCCAAAGAACCAGGAACAUGGAGGUUCUAACACCAACAAGGAACAGAAACCGGAAUCGGAAACUGAAUUCCGUUUGACUAUGAUACACAGCGUUCGGGAGGCUGUGAACCGUAUAUGUGAACAGGCCGUGGAGAAGACCGCGGCCAUAGUCAGAGGAAUGCAUAAGCGUAACAGCGCUUCAACCUUGACUAGUUCUCUCAAAGAUCGAGAUCAGUCAGAAUAUACAGAUAACUUAAGCAGUGAAUUUUCGCUGCCACCACUACCCCAACAAUAUCCGUUAGACUUGGGUCCAACAGAAUCAUCAUGGCCACCACCACCGAAAAUUUACGAAUCAGAUGAACAUACUCUGGCACCAGAGUAUUCAUUUGAUUUGCCGGACCCUCCGACGGAUAUGGAUCAAAUGGAUACAACAUCUGACAAAUUAGAUAUUUCUGAUGAAGAAAUGAAAGCCACUGGCUUACCAUCAGAUGACGAUACAGAAACUGGUGAAGGUAGGGAAGAAAACGAUCGUCCCGGUAACGAAAUCGACGCCGUCAUGAAAUCGACGGCCAACGGUGGAUCGUCCGACGGAUCGGUGGAGGCAGCGAUAAUUGUAGCGCAGGAUAACGGGGCCGAUGACCGGGCAGCGACCACCAUACAGGCGGUGUACCGCGGUUUCAGGGCCCGGAAGUACGUGGAGGCUGUGAACGCGGCCGCGGUAAAGAUCCAAGCGGGCUUCCGGGGCUACCGGGUCAGGCAGUCCCUGAAGAACGCGGCCCCGUCCACGGCCACAACGACCACGGACGAGAGCCAAUGUUGGUCGGAUGACGACCAAAAGUCGGUAGUGUCCGUCACCUAUGCGCCGCUCAAAGAGUACGGAUGCGAGCCACGUGGCGCUGGCGACGGACGAGGUGAUGAUGGCAGUGACGACGGUGGUGACGGGCCAAGUCCCGUUGCUGAGGUCGGUGAUAGUGUUUCCGGUGUCCCCGGCGACGUUGGUGACGGUGGAGGUGAUAGUGAUCGCGGUGGUGAUCACGGUGGUGAUGGUGAUGGUCGAAGUGGUGCCGGUAAUAUUGGGGGUGCUCAUGUCGGUGCAGGUGUUGGAGUUGGUGUUGGUUUUGGUGUUGGUGUUUACGAGGACGACGACGAUGACGACGAUCAGCUGCAGACCGGCGACGACGAAGUUUUCGAGCGCGAUGACAAGGACAUCGAUGGCGGCGGUAACGUUGCAAAUCUGGCGACGAAUCCGACUACCACUUUGUCGGGACUCGCUACUCCGACCGAAGUGUCCACGCCGGACGACGCGGCUGAAGCAAAAGAGCUGGAGCAAGCGGCUAUUAAAAUACAGGCAAGGGUCCGCGGUUUUGCGGCCAGAAAACGCUUGAAUGACGAAAAGAACGACGGCGCCGACAAAAAAUAAACAUGUCCAAAUAACAAUGUUAAUAUAAUAAAAAAUAUGUCAUAAUAAUAUACAUCACACUCCUCGAUUUAAAAAAAAAAAUCGAAAAUUUUUGUCUCUCUCUCUCUCUCUCUCUCCAACUGUAUAUCAAAACCUCUAUGUACCGAUCUGUCUACUUACCUACCUAUAAUAUACUCUAUCUGUCCAACAUGCUCUCGGUCUUAAUUUAACGCCAGUCUUAUAACAAUAAAAAUAAUAAUAUUAAAACAAUUUUCAUAAACACGGACGACAGACACCAAGAAUUAUUACGCGUACGAAUUAUUACAGUAUAUACUCUGUAUACGGUCGUUUUACGAUUAUACUCACUCAAAAUAAUAAGUACGAAAAAGACAUUAAAAUAUUUUUUUAAAAAUACGUGUGUACCGACACAAGUUUCUUACGUCUUAUCGUAAACCGUACACGCGCAUUCAAUUUAUUUCAAACAUUAUGCCGGAAGCUUACAGAUAUUAAUUUGUAGAAUAUAUUUUCUAAUUAGUACAAUAAUUAAUAGGUCCAACGAAUGGGUAACCUUUUACAACACCAAUUACAAUAUGUCUGUCGCCCGAGAUUUAAUUUUAAGAAUAUUUUCACGUUUCAUUGUACUCUAUUCAUUAAGCUUAUAAAAUGUAUUUGUUGCCCAAACAAUAAAUUAAUGAAUUAAGUAUAGUGUUUAAAGUGAACCUUAAUUUGGUGUCUCAUCCUUGUCAAUGAUUCAAUUAUAAAUUAAGGUUAAAACAGAUAUUGGACAAUUCAGUGAAAAAAUAAUAAUUGUUAUAUCUUUUUCCCAUUAUAUUUAUUUAUGUUUAAUUAGAUAAAACAAUUGUGUGGUUUAAAAAUUAUAGAAAAUUAAAUAUAAAAAUUAUAUUAGGUACUUAUCAAGUUAAUGCUUUAUUAAAUAUUUGUAGAAUAGUUAUUCUAGCUACUUUAUAUAUUGUUUAGUUUAAGUUUAUAUUCAUGUUUAAAUUUAGUACCUACCUAUCUGAUUAAUAUCAUACUACAAAGUAUUCACCUUAUAGUUUAUUGUUUUUUAACUUUAUUUAUGUGUUGGAAAAAUAUAUUCCAUAGAAGUUAUUAAAUAUUAUUAGAUAAUUAUAUUCAUUGUAGACAUAGAUAAUAAAGAUAUGGAUAGGACAUAACGGUCUUAUCAGCGGUAAUCAAAGGGAACAAUUGAGGACAAAUAACGUAUACCUAUAUCGAGUAUCGACUAUCAAUAUAGAAUGGUCUCAUUUACCUUCCCCUCCGGGACCGUGAAUUCAAAUAUAUUUAACAUAGUGGCAUAUCCAUAUCUUUAUCAUCUAUGAUUGUAGAUAUUAUACACAAAUAUGAUGUACUUUGGAUGUUGUUUAUAAACAAAUAUUAGUUAGUUAGAUUACAAUAUAAACAUUAUAGGUAGGUAAAUUUGAACUUUUUUGAUUUUAAUCCAACCGAAGAGACAUAGCUCUAUAACUACACUUACAGCAACCUAUUUAAAAAUCAGUUGCUAAAUAAUUUUCAGUUUCAUAGGUAUUUAAAAUUUGUUAAUCUAUAAAAAUAAGUCAACUAAAUAUACAAUGUAAAAACUAUUUUGAAACAAUACAUAUUAUAAAUAAUAAAAAUGAUUUAAAAAAUUAAAAAUAAUAAUUUCCUGUAAAUUGUCAUUUUUCUUAAGUACUUUAUAAAUACAAUAUCAUUGCCAUAACAACUAAUAUGGUUUUAUAAUGUGUAUUGUCUUAUUAUAUAUAUAUAUAUAUAUAUUGUAAUAUUAUGCUUAACUAUUUUUCAUAUUUUAUUUGAAAACUUAAUCAUAAAUCUUAAUACAAAAAUUAUUUAUAUUACUGUACAUACAAUAUUAUGUUUUAGGACUCCGAUAUUAUCAACAGUAAAAACUACGUUUUUAUUUAAUACAAAAAAAUCAAAAAAAAAAUAAACUUUAAACAAUUUACAUAAUAUUAAUAUUUUUUCGUUCUUUAUGAACCCAUGCCAUAUAAAGAUUAUAUCGACACAGAUAUUUUUAACUCUAAUUGUUGAUGUUGCUUGUUGAUAAAUAAUACAAUUUAUAAUAUAAAAAUAAUUAAUAAUCUCACUGACAAAUACUCAAUUAAUUGACAGUUUAACUGGCAGUUAAAUGUUUUAAAAUGUGUUCAAUAUAAAUAAAUACAGCAGAGGGGGAAGGGAUACAAACAUUUAUUUUUUCUUUAUUUUAAGUCGUUGGCUUUCAUUCAUUGGUAUUUUUAUCCAAGAAUAACGUGUUUCAUGUUUAACAAAUAAUAAAUUAAAAUAUAAAUGGUUUCAAUAUCUUUCAAAUAAGUUGAAUAAAAUACAAGCACGUUGAACAUACUUUUAUUUAUUAAACCUAAUAGUAAUAUAUUUACAGUUCUACAAGACAAUAUUUUUGGGGCUGUAAUUAUUAUGCACCGAUGAAAAAAGGAUUAAACUUGACAUAAUUUUUAGAGCUAUGUCUCAUAUUUCAAUAUAUUUUAUCUAUGUGAAGUGUAUUGUUAAUUUUCAAAAUGGUAUAUAGGUAAAUUAUAAUAUUAUACAUAUUAAUCAUUUAAUCAAAAACUUUAGAUAUAAACACAAUUGUAUUUAUUUUUAUUUGUUGUGUUAUCGAUGUAUACUCAAUAUUUAUUGUUUUUGUCAUAAAUCACAUACGAAUAUAACUAUUUUCGUUUACAAUACGUGUGAAAUAUCCCGGAUUAAUGUACACUAAGGGGGCAGAAGCAAGUUUAAUUUCAACAGUCCGUAUCAACAUUUUGACAGAAUAAAGAUAGUACCUAUGAGUAGAGUGUAAUGGGGCGAAAUAUCGAGUUAGAGUUUUUGUUUGUUUAAAGAAUAGACAUAUUUUCGAGGAAAAGGAAUACCAUACAUUAAAUCCUUUAUAUAUCCUCUAGUAAUGCAAUAGGAUACAUUACCUGUGUCCCCAGGGAGCGAAAUGUUUGUAUCACUAUCAGAGAGAAUAAGCUCGUAUGAUGCUAAAAGGCCUCCGAGAGAAUGACCGUGAUUGAAACCCAGUAAAAUGGAAGUCUUGUAGCUCGAAUCAUUCUGAUUGCGAAUCAUGUUAAAGAAAAACUACUUUUCACUCGUAACUAUGAGUUGCUUGAAAUUUAUUUUACGAGAAACGAAAUUCAAUUUAAGCAUAGGCAUAUUAUGUGCUUUUAUUUUUGUUUUUAAUGAAAGUUCGAUAUAAAUACAAGUCAAAAAGAUUCAUUUGAAAUCAAUUUAUUGGUUGACAUUUUGAAGUUUAAUUUACAAUUCAAACUCGUUAUGAAAAUUCCGGGACCAAUCCACUAGGUAAAGGUUAUUAUUCAACAUACAUACACAAUAUUAUUACAAUGGGAUACGCGUUUUUUAAAAAUAGUUUUAUUUUAUUGUUUGAUUUUCCAUAGAAAUUAAGAUGUCUUGUAACAAUUUCAGAACGUAUAAUAAUACUUUUUUCAUAUUGUUGUGUGUGUUUAUAAUAAAUUAUAUACUGAAUUAAUAUAAAAAAA